CAGCUGUCAAAGGCCGGAAAGCUAACGGUUCCCGCCAUGAAUGUCAACGACUCUGUGACCAAAACUAAAUUUGAUAAUCUCUACUGUCCUCGAGAGACGAUAGUCGACGCGCUGAAGCGAACCACAGAUGUAAUGCUCGGCGGAAAGCAAGUGCUGAUCUGCGGUUACGGCGAAGUCGGCAAAGGCACUGCCGCCGCUCUCAAAGGUGUCGGCGCUAUUGUUUAUGUCACAGAAAUCGAUCCAAUUUGUGCCCUUCAGUGUUGUAUGGAUGGCUUUAAAGUUGUGACACUCAACGAUGUUAUACGACAAGCGGAUAUUCUAAUCACUGCCACUGGGAAUAAGGAUGUGGUCACUCGUGAGCAUAUGGAUCGGAUGAAGAGCGGAGCCAUUAUCUGUAAUAUGGGUCACUCCAACACUGAGAUCGAUGUCCAAAGCCUACGAACUCCUGACCUGACGUGGGAAAAGGUUAGAUCACAAGUCGACUCAAUCGUAUGGCCGGACGGCAAGCGUAUAUCACUUUUGGCCGAAGGCCGUCUCGUAAACCUUAGCUGUUCAGCGAUUCCAUCAUUUGUUGUUUCAAUCACUGCCACAACACAAGCGUUGGCUCUGAUCGAGCUCUUCAACGCUCCCUCUGGAAGAUAUAAAUCAGAUGUUUAUCUCUUACCAAAGAAAAUGGAUGAAUAUGUGGCGAGUCUUCAUUUGCCCACAUUUGACGCUCACUUGACUGAACUGACUGACGAUCAGGCGAAGUAUAUGGGCUUACAAAAGACCGGUCCCUUCAAGCCUCAGUAUUAUAGAGUUUAG